UUCAAGGAGCUCUCUCUCCUCACGUCGUCCACACACUGAGUCUAGCCUACGUCACGGAAGGAGAAUCCAUGACGUUACCGUGCGUCGCUAGCGGAAAUCCAGUACCGGAAGUCCACUGGUACAAGAGUGAUCUUGUAAGAACGCAGAUUCAAAAGUCCAGCAAAUACAAUUUACAACCAGAUGGUUCAUUAACCUUAUAUAAUGUGGAGAAAAAGGACAGUGGACUCUACGUGUGUGAGGUGUCGAACACCGCCGGAAUUGAAAAAGCUGAGACAUCUCUGAUCAUUAGAGCCCCUCUAGUGGCAGUGGUACGAAUUACCACUGAUCAUCAAGAAGUAGAGCUGGGGUCCUCAGUCACACUCUCGUGUGAAAUUAGUGGAUACCCAGUGCACCGACUGGAAUGGCGUCACAACAUGCGCCCUCUGUCGAGCAACGGUGGUAUACGCCAUUCGGGAGAACGAGCUAUCCGGCUGCGUUCGCUAACCAAAGAAGAUGAGGGUGUUUAUCAGUGCUUUGUUUCAAACGACGUGGACAGUGGUCAGGGAAGCCAAGUCCUCGUGUUAAAAUCGGUGAAACCCAAAUUUUUGGAAACUUUUCGAGAAGAGAUUGUUUACCCAAGUUCCGAUAUUUCACUAAAAUGCGUGGCCCAGGGACAGCCUCUUCCCAAAAUCACGUGGACACUAAAUAAACAAGUUAUACCGGAGAGCCGGAGAGUUCGACAAGGAGACUUUGUUACAGAAAAAGACACGGUUCACAGUUACGUGAAUAUCACGCAAGCGGAACUAGGCGACGGCGGUGACUUCACGUGCAUCGCGGAAAACGAUGGCGGGAAAGUUGCAAGCGUGGCUCCGGUAAAGAUUUACGGCCCGCCGACCGCACUACCGCCUCGCGACAGAACUAUCAUUGCGGGAGCGACAGAACAUUUUAAAUGUCCAGUGGCUGGAUAUCCUUUGGUCACCUUCUCUUGGAAGAAAGGGAAAGAUGUUCUUCCCUCCAGCAGCCGCCAUACAUUGAAAGACACGGGGGAGUUUGUCCUGCACGCUGCUCACAAGAGUGUAGAUGAGGGAUCCUACAUCUGCACUGCGUGGGGUCCGAACGGCGACUCAGCUGAUGGGGUUGUAAAUCUUCGUGUAGCAG